AAAUUAUAUGUGGACACACCAUGCUAAAAUCUUUAGUUAGUAUCGAUUCUGCGGAACAGCUGAUAAGCAAUUAAAUAAAUUAAAUUCAAAUAUGGCCGGGAUCAAAAAGGAUCACCAAAAGGACACCAGUGCCGCCAGGCACAGUGGAGCGUGAGGCGCUGAUUCAACGUGCCAUCAAAUGGAGCAUUUCUUUGCAGGGACACUCGGUCUUGCACAAGCUCAUUGGCUACCUUGAGUGUCUCGGGUAGCACGAGCGCGGCUCCUGCUAUUCCGUCGCAGAUCACGAGCCGGGCUCCCUCAAGUGCUGCUGCUAAUCUCUUCGAGAUAGAGACAUUACAGAUCGACGAUGAGCAGAACCAAUCGCGAAGGUAAUGAGAAGGGAUCGCAGAGCCCGCAGAAAGUCAGUAGAUUUUUGGAAUCCCAACGACAAACCCCCGAUAUUUUCGAUUUGCAAAAUGGCACCCGUGCUCACCGGGCACCACCGGGCCUUCAUGCCCCUCGCGGCUUCAUCCCGGGACAACUCGAUCCCGCGCGCAAAUGCUCCUACACGAGAGGAUUCACAUGGAUGACAGCCAGCGUCCAUUCCGCAGCGAAUAUUGCAGCAAGUCUAUCGUGACCAGGGCAGACUGCAGGUCCCAUCAAAUACAACACACCUUGAGCCGCGAGCACAGCUGCCACAUCUGCAGGUUAAGAUUUAAGCUAAGGAAGCAUUUUAUGGCCCAUCUGAAAUCAGGGGCCCACAAAACCCUGGAAGCACGAGACAAAGGCCCACUUUCCGUUGAAUCAGAGUAUUUCCCAAGGAGCCUAUAACGCCGCCUUCUGUUCCAUGGGAAGGACAUUUUGCGAUCAGAAGAAUGCGGUAUCCAAUGCCAAGAUGUUGAAGGCCCUUGGUGAUUCAUCAGGCAUAUGAUUUUAUAUAUGUACAU